AUGUCCUCGGGACACCCCGUCGUGCGGCGGCCGCUGUUCUCGCGAUCAAACAUUGAACUCAUCAACUCGCUGCGGGCCAAUUUUGCUUCGUUCAAACACUACUCUUCUCCUCCUGCUCCUGCCCCUGUCGACGCCGCCACCACAGAAAACUUUACACCUCCCGUGUGGACGACUCGGGAUCCCGACAGCGAUACGCUCUACGUGCCGUCGUGGCGGCCAACCCCGCUCGUCGAGCCCCGCGACUCCUACGACGUGACCUGCAAACUAUUUUUUCUGCCUGGCAUCCCGAGCACGCGGCGGUGCCGACACACGCGAGAAGCCAUUGAUUUGGUAUUGAAAGAGCUGGGCGUGGACACGAUCGAUCUGUUGAUCGUUUCGUACCCCGGUGUGACUUUUGACGCAGAUGAUGAAGAAUCAGAAGAAGACGAGGAUGACAACGGGGACAAGGACUCAGCCAAAGAGCGGGCUUCUCCCGCGGAUGAAAAUCCCAGCGAGGCCAGUGCCAGUGACGUGGAAUCGGAAGGUCUUGAGGCGCAGGUCAAGACCUGGCAAGUUUUAGAGACGCUGUACGACAAGGGCGUCAUCUCCCAACUCGGUGUGUCCGAGUUCAGUUCGGAACGCCUCGCCAAAUUCCUGCCAGAGGUCCGCGUCCGGCCCAAGGUGGACCAGAUCAACGUCAAGGACUGCUGCGUCGUGCCCAAGUCGCUGAUCAUGUACGCCAAGGAGAACAAGAUUGAGCUGUUGACACAUGCCGAUUGUAUGGAUAUUUUGCCGCCGGGAACGACGCGAGAAUUACUGGGGCCCGGUAAAGACGGUGCUGGCAUUCUGGCUGCGCACCCAGAGGGCAGUCCUGAAGAGCACGGGUUGUUGAAGGGCGAUAUCGAGCCGCAGUGGGUCAUUAAGUAUACCGCCGUGGUGAAGAAUCGGGGGGUUAUCGAGAAUAAAGGGUAUUUCGCCGUUGCGCAGCUGGGGAGCUGUAUCGAGGAGAAGCCGGUGGAGAGCGCGGCAUCAUGA